AGUGCUGAUUUAGCUAGUCAAGCUGCUAAUACUGAUAGCGAUAGUUUCUGGGAUGUAUGUUUGUUGGCUGGUUGUUUAUAGUUCUGCCUGCCCCCUUCUACGUUAUGGAAGUUUCCACUUGGUAAUGGAUCUUUAGUUUUCUUUACCUGACAUGCACCAAUGUAAUUAGCCAGCUGGUCUGUUCAAAGUGGAAGGAAGAAAUGCUGUGAUGUUAUUUUAAGCUCCACCCAAAAACUGUUGCAAGGACUGGAGCUUCCACCAUUCCCCUAGUGAGCUGUGCCUCCCUUGCAUUUGCAGGUGCCUUAAGUGACCAAAUAUGGAUUUAGCCAUGAGAGUGAAAUCCUGGUCUUGUUGAAAUCAAUUGGAGUUUUGCCCCUAGGUCUGAAAACACUGGCCACACUGUACAUAUGCCUGGACUUUUUCAGAUAUAAAAUAUCAAAAGUCCCAAACAGAUGGAGUGACAAUAGGAAAUCUGAGAGAGGGAGAGACUGCACAUCUCUUACAAUUCAACUAUGACUACACUGAUAGAAAAAGAAUGAGGAGAUGGCUCGCCAGCUGGUGGAGCUGGGAUUCCGGGGAAGCGGUGAGGUUCUGAAAAGGGAAGAGUUUGAAGCAAGGAAAGCAGCUGCAGAGGCUUCAAGGCUCUCUGAAAGAACCCAGCAAAAAACGUUAUCAAGUGCAGGAAAAGAACUGAAGGAUAAUUUUCUGAAGGCAUUGGCAGAAAGAGAGGAAGCCAACCGCAAUGGGAAAAUGGCAUCCAUAAUCUUCAUUCGUGACCGAAAUUCUCGUGGUCAGGAGGUGUCCGCCUACAUUGACUAUGCACACAGGCUGAAGGUUGAUGAAUUUGAGAUUUAUUUUAAUGGAAAGAAAAAGCUUUUUCCAAGACGCACUGAUCUGAGCUUUUACAACUGGGAUAGAAAUGUCAGCACUUCAAAUGCCAGUCCAAAUUACCAAGUGAUUGCCGAAAAUGCAUGUGGAUUACUCUUCAAGAACAAAUGUGAUAGGAAAAUAGUCAAUGUGGAUCCCAAGGCUUACCCAGGAGACAGCACAACUCGGACACCUAUUGAGACAGAUCUCUACCUCCAAGUAGUCAUCUAUGACCAUAUCCUCAGAAGAAAGACCUAAACACCAGCUCAUUGGCUCUUCCCUCAAGCAUCUGUUUACCAACUUUUAUUGUAGCUGUAAGAGAAAUAAAUCAGUUUGAAGAGAUCUUUACCAUGUGUGAAACUGAUCUUCCAGUAGAAUGGGAUGGUGAUUUUUGGCCUGGGUUAGGCUACUUCAGGGAUGCUGAGCGGAAGGAGACCCUGCCCUACCAUGCUCCUGGGAAGUAGUGGAGUGCCAUCACAGCCAUUGCACUCCCCAGAUCACAAGAACUGCCCUUUCCUAGUGCCCUUGGGGCACAUGACACUGCAAAGGCAAUUGGAGUGAAGAAGUGAGGUCAUGGCCCCAACUCCUUCCCAUUUCACACAAGCCAUCAGAUCUGGCUGACUACAUGGGGGAGUACAGUAGCAAGAACAUUACCAUGUCUAGCAGGAGGUUCAGAUUCCUGCCUGGAGCUCCCCCUUGGACAGUGCGGGUUCCCUACACAGAGCUGUGCCUCUGUGGCACAAUUGAUCCCCUAGUGACCACUCUGAGGGCCACCCCCAGGACUCACUUCAUUUACCACUGAAAUGCAGCCAGUCUUGGGUGAAACCUAUCUGUGCAUAGCAACAUCACACAAUCUCUUAGACCUGUAUUGCCGCAGUAUAUUUCAGAUAAGCAACAUACAUAAUAAUCUUAAGGCCUAGUGGAAUAUUGUUAGUAUCACAUUUAAGGUUUUAUCCCCAAGUUGUUGGCGGGUUUUUUUUCAAUAUUUAUCACAGGUGAAGUAGAUGUAUUUAUGUUGUGUAUCUUAAUCAUCCAAAUAUAAAAUUUUUUGAUGCAUUUUAGCUGGUAUGAAAGUUUUGCAAAAUGAAAUUACUGGGCUAUUGCUAAUUUUACAAUAAAAAUCUGUGGUCUAUGUGA